CCAUCCUCUCCUCUCCAACACAAAAGCACACAAACAACGCGCGCCAACCACCUCGCCGCACCGCAGGGUGUCACGGUGCACGGCCGCCAUGACCAUGCUCGCCUCCCUCCUUUUGCCGUCCCCUCUCCUCACCACCGCGUCCACCUCCACCGCCUCGUCGCAGCAGACAACCCCGCAGGCGCUGAGGCUCCCACCCAAACCCUUCACCACCACGCUGGUCGCGGCGGCCGCGGCCGGGCUCCUGCUGCUGUCCCCGGCGCCGGCACCGUCCCACGCCGACCCGGCGUUCACGGUAUACUACGGCACAGCUGCGAGCGCGGCAAACUACGGCGGGUACGGCGGGAACGCGAGCAAGAAGGACACGGCGGAGUACGUCUACGAUGUCCCCGAGGGGUGGAAGGAGCGGCUGGUGUCCAAGGUGGAGAAGGGCACCAACGGCACGGACAGCGAGUUCUUCAACCCGCGGAAGCGCUCCGAGAAGGAGUACCUCACCUUCCUGGCCGGGAUCCGCGCGCUGGCGCCGCUGAACGCCGUGCUCGACAACCUCGCGCUCUCCGACGUAGUGCUGCAGGACCAGAUCGCGUCGGCGGACGAUGUGCGGUCAGCCGAGCGCACCGACGGCGGCGGGCAGGUGUACUACGAAUACGAGAUCGCGGGCGCCGGCGCGCACAGCCUCAUCUCCGUGACGUGCGCGCGGAACAAGCUGUACGCGCACUUCGUCACGGCGCCCAACGCCGAGUGGGGGCGCGACGAGGCCGUGCUCCGCCGGCUGCACCAGUCGUUCAAGACCAUCGACCCCGCCGCGCCUCCUCCGGCCGCCGCGAGCUAAAUGCAUGCAGGUGCAAGCAUAUGUAAGUGCAUCUUGAUCAAUCGAAGAACUAGCAAGCAGCUGAGGAGAGCAGAGACUAGGUGCAAGGCUAGCAUUAAUCAGUUGAACAUAGCAAUGUGAUUUGCUGUGUAAUUAAUCAGUUUUGUACGGGUUGGAGAACAUAAUCUGGCACUGUGAAUUACUCAACUCUCUUGUUGUGCCA